CUAUCGUUGGUUGGCUGCCUUGGGAAGUGUGUCAGCUAGAGAGAGGCAGAAAUUGAAUAAAGUCAAUAAUACACACUGAAUAAAAAUGGCCGGAACAGCUUCAGUAGCUGGUGAAGUGUUCGUCGAUGCUUUGCCAUAUUUUGACCAAGGUUACGAUGCAGCAGGUGUCAGAGAAGCGGCUGCAGCGUUGGUCGAGGAAGAGACCAGAAGGUACCGACCGACCAAGAACUACCUGAGUUACCUGCCCACACCUGACUUCUCUGCUUUUGAGACAGAAAUUAUGAGGAAUGAAUUCGAACGGCUUGCGGCUCGGCAGCCCAUGGAUCUCCUGAGCAUGAAGAGAUAUGAGCUGCCAGCGCCUUCAGCAGGACAGAAGAACGACAUUACAGCGUGGCAGGAGUGUGUCAACAACUCAAUGGCCCAGCUGGAGCACCAGGCAGUCCGCAUUGAGAACCUGGAGCUCAUGUCACAAUAUGGAACCAACGCAUGGAAAGUUUACAAUGAUAACUUGGCCUUCAUGAUUGAGAUGGCACAAAAGGAACUUCAGAAAUUCAGAAAGCAAAUUCAGGAUAUAAACUGGCAGCGUAAGAACGAUCAGUUGGCAGGAGGAGCCAAACUGCGAGAGCUGGAGUCAAACUGGGUGUCUCUGGUCAGCAAGAACUAUGAGAUCGAGCGGGCCAUCGUCCAGCUGGAGAAUGAAGCCGCACAGCUCAGGCAACAGCAGGGGGACGAGAACAAGGAGAAUAUCCGACAGGACUUCUAGAGCAGCAGCAGCUUUCACCCUCAGAGAACUGAUCUACAAACUAAUGAUCCCUCAGUCAAACAGAUUUCGUCUUGUACCAUAAGGCUUACUGGACUAAGAAGCCAGAGGAGUGAAAUUACCCGUAUGGAGGAGUUUUAAUGUGAAACUGCAUCCUCCAACAACUUUGAUACUCAGAAGGAGCUGUCCAGAAACCUCAGUGACAACACACAUUUUAAAAGACCUCACACCUCUUAUUCUACUGUACAGACUGUGGUGGAAUAUGGUGUAAUGCGACUUUUUGAGUGUACUUUUAUUUUUUUUUUUCCCCCCCAAGAAUCACAGAUGCUUAAAGCAAGACUAUGCACAGUUUGCAGAAAAGAUGGAACACAUUCACCUUCCAGUAAAGCUGAAUUCAAGUGAUAAAACACACACCUUUACUUUAGUAUUCUCAUGCAGGGUUUCCCACAGGUUGCAAAUUUACUUGUGGUGGUGGGUGACGCGGCGUGUGACCGAUGCAUAUGAUGAGUGUAACCCAGGUUAUUUUCUAAAUGCCUCAUGGUAGCUUAUGGUGGCUAAUGCUAGCUAGGUUUAGAUAGAUAUUGUUGUGUAACUGGCAUUGUGGAGACUCCUUUCUCCUUGUGCUACUGUUGUAUCAGCAUUAGCAUUUAAUAUUAUUUCAUAAAUGCCAUGUAACAUUAUUCAGCUACAGUUACAUAGUCUUACUUCAACAUGCGAUUUAUACCAGCAUGUAGGUUUCAGUCUCUCAGGCUGCCUACCAACAUAGGAGUGUGUUUAGAAUUGAGUGUACAUAGUGUGUCAAGUCUGUUGAUCACAAAAUUAACUCUGUGAGUCCUUGCCUUGACUUCCAUUCAUGUUAUUUUUAUGAUGUUUUAAUAAAAUGAACAUUUCUUAUA